AUGGGGUUUGCCACUGUCGGAUACCCUACAAGACAUCAUAAGAGGCGGAGACUGCCGGACCAUCAAGACUGUCCAAUUUAUUAUCACAACCACCAUAAGAAUGUAAGAACUAAAAGAACUAGAAAGAUACCCAAUGAAUACUCCCUAAAAAAUAUAGAUGAUACGUCCACAAUACCACAAAUUAAGAGACAAUCUAAAAAGAGAAUAACGAUACAAGAUCUUCCAUGUGAGAUUGUUCAAAAGAUCUUUAUCUUGGCAAAUGAUACGACCACUAUGCCACAACUAAGCAAGUUUUUCUAUAAUUGCUUACGUCCAACGGAUUAUUUAAUUCAGAAGAUAUUCAUUGAACGAUAUUUUUUUAGUCCUAAGAAAUAUGGGAUAGAAAGAUGUCUCCAGGAUGAUGGAUACUUAGUUAAUCCUGAAAUAUUUAAUAAUACUUUAUUCGCGGGAUAUUUUCUUACCCAUAUGUCAUCAUUAAAAGUGCCAAUUGAUUUGUUUGCUCCAAGAAGUCUUGUUCCUUAUUUACACGAUGAGAAUCUACCUGAUGAUUUUAUAUUCGAUAUCGGCCGGCUCGGUAAAGGUGAAUUUGAUCUUCCGAUAUAUUUUUAUCAUAAUUUCGACGUAUAUUGCAAUAAUCCUUCGAUUUUACAGACACUCUCCAAAUAUUUCACAAUAUCGAAUGUACCUCUUAUUUUGGAAAAUUUUCUGGAUUGGUCAUUAAGCGAUGGAGUGCAUUAUAAUGUCUCUACAAUUAUAGAAGUUCUUAUAUGUAUUGGGUCAUUUUUAAACUCAAGAAACAUUAGUAUCAACUCACAGCAUCUAAUGGUGAUAACUUUACAUAGAUUAUACAAUUAUGAUAUGUCUGAUCCUGUUCACCAUUGGCAAAAACUUUUCAAUUCUUCCGAUCAGGAAGAAAUCAACAAGUAUAAGCAAGAAUUUGUUCAUCAAAUUAUACAACUUUUCUAUGGGACGACCAAUAAGAACGGAACAAAACUCUUAUCAGGGAAUGAAAUAUGGCAGAUCCUUGUUGGUCUUUCGAAUAUGAAACUUAUUGGUGUCUUCACCAAGUAUGGGGUGUAUCCAGAGAUUUCCGUAAUAGGUACUUCUUAA